AUGCCCAGCCGGCCGUACCCGUGUCCGGCCAGCGAGGGCUGGCAGGAGAGAGUCGUCACAAAGACAGCCUGGGCAGGUGUUGGCGGAGCCACCCUUGGAGCUUGGCUUUCGGUCCUUCGAAAUGGGUCGACUACGACGUACAUACUGGGUACGGGCGGCAGCUUUUUGAUGGCCAUGGCGUGCUUCACUGCCCUACAGGAGAGCGUCCGCUUCUUGAGGUGUGAGGACAGCCCAGUCAACAGCUGGUUGGCAGGCACUGGCGCUGGAUAUGCUCUAACGGCGGCACAUCAGGGCCGAACAAAGGGAGUCUUGGGUGGCUGCCUUUGGGGUGUGGCUGCAGCCACGUGCCAUGUCCUGUCAGAUCGUUGGGACCCUGGAACUCGCUUCAAAAGGACGUUGGCCAGUCUUGAUCUGCUGGAUAUUCCACAAGACCAGUUAUCCCAUCAACUUGAAGGCAGCAAACUCUCAGAAGAAGCAGAUGGUGGCUGGCUUAGUGGAUGGCAGCAAUGGAUGCCGAUUCAGAAGAUGACUGAUGAGGAAUACAAACGUUAUCGUGACAGGAAAGAGCGCGAGCUGCAGCAGAA